AUGUGUUGCUUCGACGGUUGCAGCAAAGGAGAUCACAUCGCCCCCGUGAAGAAGAUCCAGCCCUCUGAAGUAAAAGAAGUGGAAAAGCGACACAAAGAUCAACAUAACCGGUCCCCGGUGCCAUCAGAUCUGAAUUAUCGAGGCCGGUCACGAUCCACUGGCAAUAAUUCUCCACAAUCUGGAGAUCGACAAUCUCCUAGGGAUUCUAGAUCCCAUAAUGGUGAACCUGCGCAGCGAGUUCAUGCCCAGCAGCAGAGCCAUAGAGCUCCAGCACAAAGUCAAUUGGACAAUAAUAAUCAUCGGAGAUGA